CGCGCUCAUCCCCGGGCGGGCGGUUGGUGACGUCAGGCGGUCGCCGAGGAACGGGUCACAGGUGCAUUGGCUCCCUCAAGGCGAGCGGCGCCGGCUGCCAGCGCCUGCCGCCGCCGGCCCCGCUGCAGCGCAGGUCCCCCGAACGCACUGGUGGGGGACACCAGAGACCUGCGCGGGGAGGACGCGCCAGCUGGCGGAGAGGAGGGCGCGGAGGCAGCCCCGUCACGAGAGAAGGCGGCGGCGGGGAGGAGGAGGAGGAGGAGAAGCGGCGAGAAGCCUCGCCUCGCAGCCCCUCCGCCGACACCGCCUCGCCGUCCCUGGCCGCCGGAGGUACCGGCGGCCGCCCGUCCUCAUGAUGGCCUCAACCACCACCUGCACCCGGUUCACCGACGAGUACCAGCUUUUCGAGGAGCUUGGGAAAGGGGCGUUCUCCGUCGUGAGAAGGUGCAUGAAAAUCACCACAGGACAAGAGUAUGCUGCCAAAAUUAUCAACACUAAAAAGCUUUCGGCCAGGGAUCACCAGAAACUGGAAAGAGAAGCUAGAAUCUGUCGCCUCUUGAAGCAUCCCAAUAUUGUGAGGCUUCAUGACAGCAUAUCAGAAGAAGGAUUCCAUUACUUAGUCUUUGACCUAGUCACUGGAGGUGAAUUGUUUGAAGAUAUAGUUGCAAGAGAAUAUUAUAGUGAAGCAGAUGCCAGUCAUUGUAUACAGCAGAUUCUAGAAAGUGUUAAUCAUUGUCAUCUAAAUGGCAUAGUUCACAGAGACCUGAAGCCUGAGAACUUACUUUUAGCUAGCAAAUCCAAGGGAGCAGCAGUAAAACUGGCAGACUUUGGAUUGGCUAUAGAAGUCCAAGGAGAACAACAGGCUUGGUUUGGCUUUGCUGGCACUCCAGGAUACCUUUCUCCAGAGGUGUUACGAAAAGAUCCUUAUGGAAAACCUGUGGAUAUGUGGGCAUGUGGUGUCAUUCUGUAUAUCCUUCUGGUGGGAUAUCCUCCUUUCUGGGAUGAAGACCAGCACAGGCUUUACCAGCAGAUCAAGGCUGGUGCUUAUGAUUUUCCCUCUCCAGAAUGGGAUACUGUGACUCCUGAAGCAAAAGACCUUAUCAAUAAAAUGCUUACCAUCAACCCAGCAAAACGUAUCACAGCAUCAGAAGCACUAAAGCAUCCAUGGAUCUGUCAACGUUCUACUGUUGCCUCUAUGAUGCACAGACAAGAGACUGUAGAUUGCUUGAAGAAAUUCAAUGCAAGAAGAAAACUAAAGGGGGCCAUUCUGACAACUAUGCUGGCUACCAGGAAUUUCUCAGCAGCCAAGAGUUUACUGAAAAAGCCGGAUGGAGUUAAGAAAAGGAAGUCCAGUUCGAGUGUUCAGAUGAUGAUAAACAACAAAACGAACGUGGUAACCAGCCCCAAGGAAAAUAUUCCUACCCCGGCGCUGGAGCCCCAAACUACAGUAAUCCACAACCCUGAUGGAAAUAAGGAGUCAACAGAGAGCUCCAAUACAACCAUUGAAGAUGAGGAUGUGAAAGCACGUAAACAGGAGAUUAUCAAGGUUACUGAGCAGUUGAUUGAAGCUAUCAACAAUGGAGACUUCGAAGCUUACACAAAAAUCUGUGAUCCAGGCCUUACAUCUUUUGAACCUGAAGCUUUGGGUAAUCUAGUAGAAGGGAUGGACUUCCAUCGGUUUUACUUUGAAAAUGCUUUAUCCAAAAGUAACAAGCCAAUCCACACCAUUAUCCUCAACCCUCAUGUCCACCUGGUGGGUGAGGACGCUGCCUGCAUCGCAUACAUCCGGCUGACGCAGUACAUGGACGGCAGUGGGAUGCCAAAGACUAUGCAGUCAGAGGAGACACGGGUCUGGCACCGCCGCGACGGGAAGUGGCAGAACGUUCAUUUUCACCGUUCAGGGUCACCAACAGUACCUAUCAAUGCCUAGCACAGCGGGAUCCCAGUCAUGACUUCGGGCCCUAGAUGCUACGCUAAAAAUAUCAGCGGUGCCGCUCUUGCAUUUUCUGUACCCAACGCACCUGGUUGAUUACCAUCUUGGCCAUCCCGUUCUCUUCAUGCAUGUUUCUGAGUGCAUGAAGUUGUGAAGGUUCUUCAUGUAACACAUUUUGUGAUGCACCAUGUUGCUGUAUAUUCCAUCUGUACACUGUUAACAUUUCAAUGAAGGUGAUGUUCCAUGCAAAUAGAGGAUAACGAGGCAUAAAAGACAAAGCAAAUAGUUGAUGGACAGCAGUAGACGCAGAAUACAUUUGUCACUUUCUCCAUUUAUGCCAAGUUUUGACAGGCAACUUUAAAAACUAUCCUGUUUAUUAAAAAAAAAGAAACAAAAAGAAAAGAAAAAAAGGUACAUUUUACCCAUUCUUUUUUUCUUUUAAAAACUGGGGUUUUUUGACUCCUCUGUUUCCCCAGAGUCCCAGGAUUUUGCUUUGGUUCUGGUAGGCACGGUCAGGAUUUCCGCUGGCAGCUCCAUUACUGGACAACAGAUUUUUACGACAGCACGUAGAUGGACAAAAUCACUGAUAAAUGUGGAAGUGAUAAUAUCUUGGCUUUCUACCAGCUGAAGCCUUUUAGUUCAUUAGUCUGUGCAAACUGGAAAAAUCUCAUCAUUUAUUGGCUUGGUCACUUCAGAAUUAACCAUCAGUGUUCUAGGGAGCCAGCAGCUUCUCUAUACCCUUUUGGCUCUUUUCUUUCUUAUUCUAUUGGAUGAUUAACCAAAAUAAAAAGCAUAUUUUAGAUUUAAGUGAUGACUGAAGGGCAAUUUUUGAGGACUAAAAUGGAAGAAUAGAGAAUAUUUGUUAUCGCUUCUAGGGCUUACUGUAGAUUUUUUAAGGAGGCUUUAAAACCUCUAAAGUUGGUUAAGCUGUAGACCAGAUGUGCUUAAGAAAUAUUAGGCCAUAAAAACUUAGUAUGAAGAGUUUACUUUCCGCUGCUGCUGUUGCUUCUCUGGAAACAAGAAGGACUUUGAAGAUGAUUAGGGGACUAGAACAUCUCUCUUAUGGAGAAAGGCCGAGGGACUUGGGGCUUUUUAGCCUAGAGAGCAGAAGACUGAGAGGGGAUUUUACCAAUACUUACAGCUUUGGUGAGUGUCAGGAGGAUGGGGCCAGUCUUUUUUCAGUGGUGCUUAGUGACAGCACAAGAGGUAAGGGGCACGGUCUUGAGCAUGGGAAGUUCCUUCUAAACCUGAGGAGUAACUUCUUUCUUUGGAGGGUGGUGGAGCACUGGAACAGGCUGCCCAGAAAGGUGGUGAAGUCUUCAUCUCUGGAGUCAUUCCAAACCCACCUGGCUGCUGUCCUAUACAACCUGCUCUGGCAAGGAGGCUGGACUCGAUCUCCAGAGGUCCCUGCCACACCUCUUCCCCCUGGCCAUUCUGUGAAACACAUUGUGAAUACACCAGAUUUCUAGUAAGACUCUUAGCACUUGAAAACAGAUUGGUUUCUCCUCCCUCUUCUCCCUCAGUGUGCUCUUGGUCUCUCCAAUCCCUCCUGCAGCAUUACAGGAUCAAGGACAGCAUUUCGCAGCCUUUACUAGCUCAUGGUGGCCCUGACCCAUUGCCACCACUGCCUGUGCACCGUGCAGGAGUGCUCUCGCUGUUAGCUCAGAACACAAACUGUCACGAGGACUAGUUUUGCUUCCUUUACACCUCGCUGUGUAAACACAUCCUUGCAAGCUUAUAGGUUUAUUCCUUUCCACUCCUAGUAGAAAACCAGAGGGCUGGGUUAUUUUUGUCAUUGUUAAUUGUUCUGUUUCCAGCAGGGCUCACUGUUCGCUGCGGCGCUGUACAGUGCAUGGCAUCUCAGUCAGUGUCCUUUUUAGUGGUGACAAAUCUACAGCCUGGCAGCCUGGAGUUUUUAAACCAGGAAAGCUUCCUAAUUUGUAUCAUUUCACCUUUCUGUGUUGAUUACUAAUCAAAAACAGUUCUUAAACAUGUUGAUGUUGUUACUAGUGGAUGUAUGGUAGACGGAUUUCAGCUUCUCUAAUAAUUACUACAUGAUUUUAAACAAUAUAUACUUAAAAUAAGCAUCUACAAUAAAUGUGUUGAGCCAUAUUAACCUGCCAAUGGGAUCUGUGAAAACAAGCAAUGGCCUCUUUUUUAAUUUCUUUUUCUCAUCUUUUUGUUUUGUUUUGGGUUUGUUUGGGUUUUUUUUGUGAAGCAGCUCUAAGUGGCAUAAAUGUACUUAAGAUUAACAAAUUAGGUGUAGGGUGGGUUUAUUUCCUUUUUAUACUCCUAACAUAGCAUGUGGUGUUGACGUAUUAAUGUAGACCAAGUUUGUCUUCCACACCAAGCCGUGAGGAAAUUGUGAUUUGUUCUCUCCACCACAACCAAACUAAUACACUUCUGUCAUUUUGGAACACUGCAGUUUACCAUGGGACACAGUGUACAUAUUUCUUGCCAUAAUGGUAAAUGAUUGAUAUAUUUAAGAAUUAAUAAAUUUGUGAUUUCUGCCAA